AUGUCAUCAACAAACCAAGGUCCCCGGCGCAUCGGUCAAUGGCUAUACCUCAACCCCGCCCGCAUCGACGAAUACAAAAAAUGCCACGCCGCAGUCUGGCCCGAAGUCCUGGAGCAAAUCAAGGAUUCCAAUAUUAAAGACUACUCAAUCUUCCUCUCCAUGACGCCCCGCCCAACUCUCUUCGCGUCCUUCAAAUACGUGGGCAACGCGUUCGACGAGGACAUGGCGCGCAUGGCGGCGAAUUCGAAGGUCCAGGAGUGGUGGCGGAUGACGGAUGGGAUGCAGGAGAGUCCGGUCGAGGGGGCGGUGGGGAGUGCGACAGGGCCGGGGUGGUGGGGGCAGACGGAGGAGUUGAACGACUGCUUCGCUGUAGACGAGCAUUACGAUUAUCUUGACAAACUUUUGAGCAUUGCCACAGCAAAUCGAGAGCUGCAUGAACUCGCGCUCGAGAUGUACAACAGCAAGAACCAAUUCUUUCCUCACACAGACGCAGUGGACGUCUACAACCAGAACUCGCGCUCUAAAAUCAGUUAUCGAACCCGGCAGUAA